UUACUUAUUCAAGACCGCGUCACGUAAUGGCGCUGAAUUCGAAGAAGAUGGCUGCCUGCUUAGGUAAUGAGUCUAGUUUAAGUCAGUGGGGAUUCGUUCUUUUGAACUGGGUCAGUCUACAAUAUCGCGCGGCGACAACAAAUUGUUUCGCCAUCAAAUUGCGAAUUAUCGGACGAUUUAUUCGAUGAGAAUCGAAAACGCAAGGAACAACAAACCAUGGCGAUUAUGGCGCGCAACGGACCUCAGAUCAUUGAUGUACGUCAACGUCGUCUUCGCUCAGAUUCUCGGAUUUCUUCCUUACGAAUUCAAGCCCGGCGGAUGCGUCGCGCUUUCGAUAGCACGGUUCAUUUACUCGUCGAUCACAACUCUCGUCUACCUAUUUUCAUUGGUCUUGGCGCUGUACCUAAUAAACUUCUGUGACACAAACGAUCUCAGCGUACCCGAAGCGCUAGACACUAAUUCGUUCUUCAUAUUAGACGGAUUCGCGAUCAUCUCGAUAUACUUCACGGCGUACAAAGGAUUGAUCCUGUAUCAGAAGUUGUUCAAACUCUCGCAGAUACUGUCCGUCCAGGAUUUCAACAGAAUGUCGAAGUUCGUUCACACGAAAGACGCCAUGGUUAUCCUUUAUUUCCUCGGAUGUCUACCGAAAAGCAUCGCAGGUGUUGAUUUGAUUACCGCCAGCCGUUUGAUCUCGUUGUACACUACAAUAAGCCACUUCGCGAUGGACAUGUGCUACAUGAACUGCGUGAGCGUGUUGGGCUCCUGUUUCGAGAAGGUCAACGAAAACUUGAAACGGUUGAACGAACCCACGACAGACCGUGAACCGGAAUCGUCGCUGGUGAGGACACCUCUGCUACGUAGACAAAGUCUGUUGAUGCUGAUGAAGCUGAAAUACUACGAAGAGCUGCACCAAGAAAUCAGCGACGCAGUCGAGUCGGUAAACGACACCUUUCUCGUUCGAAUCAUCAUCAUAUCGAUUACAACGUUCACUGUGGUCACGUUUAACACGUAUUACUCCUUGCUGUGGAUAGUCAGUGGUUUUCCGGCCAUUCCGAACAGAAUGUUUUGGUUUAUGCCGCAUUGGCUGGUCACGAUAUAUUAUUUUUCGAAAUUCUCGCUGAUCAUUUGGGCCUGCCAAAGCGCGACGAAUCGGGCGCGGGAGAUCGGUACCACGGUUCACGUUAUUCUCAACGACAGCAACGAUAUGAUCAAGCGCGAGCUGAGGAAUUUUUCUCUACAAAUGUUGCACCGAGAAAUACAUUUCUCCGCGAGAGCGAUCACGAUAAACGCGAAGCUUCUAACGCAGAUGAUAUCUGGGAUUAUGAUGUACAUUCUGAUACUUUUCCAAUUUCUAUUGAACAGCAUCUCUUGCCGUUAUUAACGCCGUUUGCCAAUUCACGUGACAUCUUAUCGAUCCUUACCAGCCUUACGUCCACGCGCCGAUGCUUGUAAUAGUAAAUGCAGUACUCGCAAGCUUGCUAAUGAACUGUACGUAGCUUAAGAUAAUAAA